AUGGAUAUAGGGAUUGAAGAUGAAAUUGAACUUCCACGAUCGGAAAACUCUGAACAGUCAAAACUACUUGAACAGAAAAUUUCCAGACUUGAAAAGUUGGUAAAAUCAAGGGACGAUGCCCUUAAUGAAUUGUAUGAGGUCGAAAAAAAUAAAAAUGAUGAAAUCACUUCUCUCAAGGAACGUAUUAAACAAGAUGGAUUUGAAACUUCCAAACUUCAGAAUAUAAUUAAAACCUUAAAUGAUGAGAUUUUUACACUGAAUGAAAAGAUUUCUGAUCUUCAGCAGCAAAAUAUCAAUAAUUUAAAACAACAGCAAAUCAUAGAAGCUUCUUCUCCUCGUAUUGUCGAGGAUCUUCUUACCGAUAAAGAGUCUUUAUAUAAAGAAAUCGCAGAUCUGAGACUUCAGAUUUCCCAACUUGAAAGCAAUUUACAGGAUAAAGAAGAGGAUUAUGCCACACUAAGAACAAAAUUUUCAGAAUUUGAGAUUAAAAAAGAGAAUGAAAUUCAGUUAUUGCUAAGCGAAAGUAAAGACACAAAAAAUCUUUUUUCUGAGAAAGAGCAAGCUCAAAAAAAUACUUAUAACUCAAGAAUUAACUCUUUAGAAAGUGAAAUUGAAUUAUUAAAAUCGGAUUGCUUAGAGUUACUGAAAUUGAUUGCACUUUUGCAGAUAAAAACUACUAAGAUUGAAAUAGUCAAUUCUGAAUCUAUCAAAGAGGCUAGUGAUUUAAUCGUUAGUUCUUUAUCAUUAUCAGAUAAGACCAAAGAUCUAAUAAAAGACGAACAAAAUUAUAAUGUUAACUUCAGUGAGAAAAUUAUCUCAUUUUCUCAAGUAUUAAUUGAUAGAGUUGUCAAUUUCUCUAACUCCAGUAUUAACUCAAAGGAAGUUAAUCUAGAAAUAAACAAUCAGACAAUUAAUUUUAUGCAAAAUUGGGUAAUUAAUCAUUUCUCAGGAAUAAUAAUUAAUCGACCUCCUUUAUGUUCAGUAAGUCACACUGAGUCACUUUACAAAGAAAAAGAAUAUAUUCUAAAUUGUAUUGAAGAAGAAUACUUCGUAGUAGAAGAAUUUUUAAAUAAAAUUCUGAUUGAUUCUGAGGAUUCAAUCAAAGAAUCAUCUCUAAAUAUAUUCAAAAUAUUAUUGGAUAUUUUAUUUUUGGAUAUAAAUAAUUCAUAUAAUCAACCUUCUAAAGUUGGUUUUCAAAAUAAACUUAACACCAUCGAUAGAGAAUCUAAAGAAUAUCUAAAGACUGAGCUUUUGUUUAAACUGAUAAUUAAAUCUGUAGCAAAAAAUGAUUCUGAGCCUUUAAUCACCAAUUUUAAUGAAAUUAUGUCGGAAGUUGAUUCCGACUUACCAAACCCCAAAAAGAUUGAACUUGAAGAGCCAAAUGUUUGUUUAAAAAUAUUUAGCAUUAAAAAAUUCAUUCAUUCCUUACUGAAGCUUAGUUUUGGAUGUGGAUGGAAUCUAUUACAUGUAUUAUCCUAUUUAGAACAGAUUGAAACUCUUCAAUUACUUCUUGAACAGUUUUCGUUUGAAGAACAAAUAAAUAUUGUUAACAGAAAAAGUUCUUCAGGGUUUAUACCUAUAUCACUGUCAAUUCUUAAAGAUAACUUGUUAAUUACGGAAUUAUUUUUAACAUGUGGAAGUGAUGUACAGACGCAAGAUAAUCGCAGAAAUACUUUAAUUCACUUUGCAGUGAACCCAGAUAUACAAGAGAUAUUAAUUAAAAGACGCAUUUUAUUGAAUGUCAAGAAUUCAUCUGGCCAACUUGCAAAUGUGAUUCAAUCUAAUUCAAAGAAUUCGAAGUUUCAUUUGGACGAAUUUGAUCAAAAUGAAUCUUCGGAUACCGAGUACGAAAAACCUCAACUUCAGACAUCAAAUGCAAGAUCAGUUAAUAAUUAUGAAUACGAUUUUCCAGAACCUUCAAAAAGAUUGUCAUCUUUCUGCUGUCAAACAUUUGAUUCUCAAGAAACUGAAAAUAAAGUUAUGUUAUCAGCAUGGAUUAGCGGAAAUGAACCGGUUUCUUCGUGCAGAGACGAUUUUUGCAUUUUUUCGACACCUGAGUCUGAAAACCAAGAUUCCGAUAUGGUUGAUCAUUCCGUUUGGAAUAUGCUUGGGUUUUCAAGUAGCAGAAAUAUUUCAAGUAUGUAUAAGAGUAAAAAUGGAGAUCAUGCUGCAAUGGGGCAAAAUCUUGAUAGGCUAGAAGAAAUGGGUUUAACUUCUUCAGAGAGGAAAAAAAGAAUUUGGAGUGAUAUUGUUAUCAACUAUACGGCAAGAGGGCUUGAGAAGUCAUGUUUUCCACCUCCUCUAGAUUGCCCAACGAACUUAUUCAGACAGAUUCUUGUUUUGACAUCUGAAAGGUUUGCAUUAUUUCAGUAUUCCCCGUUAAAGCUUCUCCAGGCAGCUCCAAUAAUUGACUUCGAAGAAAUCAUUAUUCCAAAAAAUUCAAAUGUACUUCUUCUACUUAAAGUAGAUGGCUGGGAUGAUAUUCUUCUUGAAGUUAAUCGUAGAAGUGAAUUCCUUGAUGAGCUAACUACUUUAUAUCGUACGCUUACUACUCCAUCAGAAAUUCUUCUUUCCCAAGCUACAGAAACCUCCACUAACAACUCUGAAAACAAACCUGAAAAAUCGAGUUCAUUUUGGCUUGGAUUUAUGGGUAAUAAGAAUCUCUCUAGUAGUAACUCAGACCCAAAACAAGAUGUUCUAUCUCCAGAAAGAGCCAGUGCAUUUCAAAAUUUAAUUUCAGUUUAUGGUGAGAAUCCGCCAAUAGUUGCUGAACCCGAUAAUCUUAUCGGGCUGUUUAAUUCGGAAAAUCAGUAUUCUCUUGUUCUUGCCAUUAUAAACAAGAGCUCAUUUAUGCUAUUGCCGCAUAGAGAGUCAAGCCUACUUGUUUCAAUUCCUACAUAUCACUUUGGAUUUUUGGGUAUUUGUAUCAAUCCGCCUUUGGCACUUGAAAACCCUCUUUCUCAAAAGAAAAAAGAAUUAUCUGACUCUAUUUUAUCAAGUGAAAACGAUUCAUCUGAAAACAGACUUUGGCAAGAAAGAUUUUUCAUAUUAAGAUCUGAUGGAGCACUAAUCUGGUGUCACCAUCCAAAUGAUAACGUUUAUUGUGAAACUAUUCCAAUUCGGUUCGUAAGGCAAAUUCGCGUCUUCAAUCUUGCAACUAGUAAAGAAAAUGAAUUUGUCCCCUGUUUUGCAUUAGAUUUCACAAAAAAUAGUGUACCAUCUUCACUUAUUCUCCAUUCAGAUUCUUCCGAAAUGAGAGAUAAGUGGGUUGAAAAAAUACACAAUGUGAGGACCGUUUUAUCUGAGUCUAGUGAAUCAUAA